AUGAGCCUCUCGAACGCAGAAUCGCCGAGUCUGAUUGUGACCAUCAAGGAUGAAGGUAUCGCCAUUCUGGAACUGAACAGACCGAAAAAGAGGAAUGCAUUGUGUCAGGCUUUGAUGAAUGAGCUGAUUGCGGCGUUGCGUCAAAUUGAUCGCAACCCCACGAUCUUCGCUGCCGUCUUGACCAGCUCUGGCCCAUUCUGUGCUGGCGCAGAUCUAACUGAACUGGCGAAGCUUACGACAGCUGAGGCGACCCGUGUGGGAUGGCUCAAAGACCUCGAUGAAGCAUUCUCAAGUUUUCGGAAGCCUAUUCUGGCAGUCGUGAGGGGCUUUGCAUUAGGCGGUGGCUUUGAACUCGCACUUAUGUGUGACAUGGUUUACGCAACAGCAGAUGCGCGAUUUGGUUUCCCAGAAAUCACCCUUGGCACGAUACUGGGAGCGGGUGGCACGCAAAGACUCACCAAGACGAUUGGAAAGCAGAAGGCAAUGGAACUUAUAUUAACCGGUGCAACCACCUCGGCAACGGAGAUGGAGCGUCUAGGCGUUGUGAAUAGGGCUGUUCCCAACGGAGAAGACGUAUUGGAGGUGGCAACGGCAAUGGCACGGACUAUUGCAUCGUUUUCAGCGCCAGCAAUUGGCCUAGCUAAACAAGCUGUUUUAGCAGCGGAGACGACAACCUUGAAGACAGGGUUAGAGAUUGAGCGUGCAUUGUACUACAGCAGCUUCUCGCUUGAGGAUUGCCGGGAAGGGGUGGCGGCUUUCAAGGAGAAACGAAAAGCAAAUGUCCAACACCGUUAA